AUGAAAAUAGGAGGAUAACAAAAAUUUAUUGUUUGCAAUAUUAUCGCAUCACUCAUAAUUUUAAUAUUGGGCCUUACACAAGCAAUUAGAAUUUCGAAUUCUGGACUAGUUGUUUUAUUAGAUAUUCUCUUCUCAAUAAUAUUUUUGAUAUUGGAAUGGAAAUAAAAGUUCAUAAGUCAAACAAGUGAUUAUUAUUUGGGAGUAACUUAAAUGAUUAUGAUUAUAAUUGAAAUUGAAAUGCUCAGAGAAAAUGCGCAUGAAGUAUUUACUGUUAAAUAUAUCAAGGGAUCACUUUUAUAUAUAAUACUGAAGCUCUUUGCUUUGAUAUAGAUUCUGUAAAUAUAAAUACUUUAAUCUUUAUUAUUCUUUAUAGGACUCACUUAUUUGAUCGUAAGAUUCAAUGAGUAUUAGUAUGCAGUCUCAUAUGUCGGAAUUGCUUUUGCACCUAUCAUUAUUGUAAAUUCCAAGCAUAGCUUUAGAUUUAAGAGAGAGAAGAUGCGAAUGAUCUUUUGGAAUUGUUUAAAGAUACUUUGACUACUUCGAUUCUUGUUAUUGACAAACAAACUUAAAAGCCUCUAUAUCAUACAAAAUAUUUAGAAAAUGAAUUUAAAUAUGACAACCCACAUUCAGAUGAAUUUAUAAAAUGCCUCUUUAGUUUUUAUUCAGAUAACAAAAUCAAAUUACAAAGUAUCAUCAAUAGUUUCUUUCCUAAGAUUUAUAGUGCUCGUUCAAAUUUUAAAAAUUUAUACUCUGAAAUUAUGGAUAAUUGCUAAUACUUUUCUUAAAGUCCCAUUUUUUAGAGAUUUUCAGGGUAAUUUGAGCAUGAUGAUGAAUUUAAUGAAGAACGAGAACAUAAAGUUUAAUUUUCAAAUCAUAAUGAAAUAUAUAUUGAAACUCCAAAAAAUUAAUAAUAUUCUAAACCUUCAAUUAUAUUGAGUGAAGAGACUCCCAAAAAUUAAAAAUCAAAAAUUAUAGAAGAAUUAUUAAUUAAGAGUUAAAGCUAAAGAACUAUAUGCUUAGUUUAAUUAAGAAAAAAGAAACUGAAAAUUAAUUUAAAUCAUUGUCUUUGGUUUAGAAGAUAAGCUUUCAUGAUUAUAUUAUAGAGUAAAGACAUUGAUAGAUAAUUGGAAAAUUUGUAAUUAUAAUUAAAUGAAUUAUAAUAAAUUAGUGAAAAUAAAGAUUUGAUACUUGCAACAGUCUUUCAUGAUUUUAAAACACCAAUUAAUGGUAUUGUUUCUAUUUUGGAAAGUUUAGAUUGUAAAAAUGAAAUUACUUUAAUAUAAAAAUACUAUCAUAACAUUAUUAAAAAAAAUGUUUAAUUAAUGCUUUAUAUGAUUUAUGAUAUUCAAGAUUAUGCAAGAAUUCAAAAGAAAUAAUUGAGAUUAUGCUUAAGUGAUUUUUAUAUAAAUGAAAUAAUUGAUGAAGUAAUUGAAAUGUGUUCAAUUUAAGCUGAAUAGAAGGGAGUUGAGAUUAAAACAUAUUAUGAUAUUCCCUCUUAUUAAAUUCAUUCAGAUUCAAAUAGAAUUAAACAAAUAAUAAUGAAUUUUGUUUCAAAUUCAUUAAAAUUUACAGAGUAAGGCAGCAUCACAAUUUGUGUAUCAUCACUAAAUACUGAUAAAUCUUAACAUAUUAAAAGAAGCAAUACUUCAAGAAAUAUACAAUAUUAAGUUGGAGAAAAAACAAUUUAAUAAAUUAGGAAAACAUUACAAGGAAAAAACUAUUAGAAUUAGACAAAUAAAUUAGUAUACACAAUAUCAAUAGAAGAUACUGGAUGUGGAAUACCAGAUAAUGUUAAACCAUAAUUAUUUAAUUUAUUUGCAACUUUUUCAAAUUAAAAAAUAGAGAAUAAAAGUGGAACAGGUAUUGGAUUAAUGGUUUGUAAAAAUCUAGUAGGUUUAUUAGGGCCAUCAGAAAGUGUAGAUUUAUGGAGUGAAUAGAAUAUUGGAACUAAAAUGACAUUCUAAAUAUAUGCAAAACUUUAGGAUAAUUCUAUUACGUCUGCUAAUUAUAUAAGUUGUUUUAAAUAAGAAAAUUCUUCUUAACAUGAAGAUUCAUCAAAUAUGAAGGAUAAUCAUUAAGUAAUUGUGAGAUCUUCUCUUUUAAGAGUAUAUACAAAACCAUAAGAGAAGACUGAAAAAACUGAGAAUGAUAUAAAUGAACCAUCUUAAGAAGAUUCAGAUUAAACAAAGACAAGAAAUAUUAUUUAAUUUUAAUCUUUGGGUUAAAAAUUACAAAAUUUAAAAACUUAUUAGAAAGUAGAUUCUCAAGAAGUUUAAGAUCCAAGAUAUAAAUUAAAAUAAGUGUUUUUAAAUAAAAAAUUUGGAAUUUUAUUAGUAGAUGAUCAAAUUUUUAAUUUGAUAGCAUUUAAAACUUUACUUUAAGAUUUGAUAUCUGAAAUAAAUAUAAUUGAAGCUUAUAAUGGAUAAUAGGCAAUAAAUAAAGUAGAUAUAAAUAAUAAUAUUUUAAGCUAUUAUAAAACUAAAAGAACUUGAAUAUUAGAUAUGUAUUUAUGGAUCUUUAUAUGCCAAUUUUAAAUGGAUGGUAAGCAGCUGAAAAAAUAAGAAUGAUGGUAUUUAAUUAUUAUUGCUAUAAUUAGAUAAAUGAUAGAGAAAUUGAUAAUGUUAAAUUGGUUGCAUUAUCUGGUUUUGAUGAUAUAGCUGAAUAAGAGAAAUGUGAAAAGCUUGGCUUUGAUGCUUUUAUACCAAAACCAAUAAAAUUGGAAGUUAUUGCAGAGAUUUUUUAUUAGCUUGAAAAUGAAGGUUGA